UUUUUCUUUCUCCCUGCUUCCUGCAGAUAUUAUAUAGUCUGCUUUCACCAUGGGAGAAAUAGAGCAGAGGCCAAGUCCAGGAUCGCGACUGGGGGCCCCAGAGAAUUCGGGGAUCAGCACCUUGGAACAUGGACAGAAGCUGCCCCCAACACCUUCCGGGAAACUCAUGUCCAUCAAAAUCCAGAUGCUGGAUGACACCCAGGAGGCAUUUGAAGUUCCACAACGAGCCCCGGGGAAAGUGUUGCUGGACGCAGUCUGUAAUCACCUGAACCUCGUGGAAGGGGAUUAUUUUGGCCUCGAGUUUCCUGACCACAAAAAGAUCACGGUGUGGCUGGAUCUCUUAAAACCUAUUGUCAAGCAGAUUAGAAGGCCAAAGCAUGUUGUCGUUAAGUUUGUGGUGAAAUUCUUUCCACCUGACCACACACAACUCCAAGAAGAACUCACAAGGUACUUGUUCGCUCUGCAGGUGAAGCAGGACCUGGCUCAGGGCAGGCUGACCUGCAACGACACCAGCGCGGCUCUCCUCAUCUCACACAUCGUACAGUCCGAGAUUGGGGAUUUUGAUGAAGCGUCGGACAGAGAGCAUUUAGCAAAAAACAAGUACAUACCUCAGCAGGAUGCGCUAGAAGACAAAAUCGUGGAGUUUCACCACAAUCACAUUGGACAAACACCAGCAGAAUCAGAUUUCCAACUCCUGGAGAUUGCCCGCAGGCUGGAGAUGUAUGGGAUCCGGUUGCACCCGGCUAAGGACAGGGAAGGCACUAAGAUCAACCUGGCUGUUGCCAACACGGGAAUUCUCGUGUUUCAGGGUUUCACUAAGAUCAACGCCUUCAACUGGGCCAAGGUGCGGAAGCUGAGCUUCAAGAGGAAACGCUUUCUCAUCAAGCUCCGCCCCGAUGCGAACAGCUCGUACCAAGAUACCUUGGAAUUUCUCAUGGCCAGUCGGGAUUUUUGCAAGUCCUUCUGGAAAAUCUGUGUUGAACAUCAUGCCUUUUUUAGACUUUUUGAAGAACCCAAGCCAAAGCCAAAGCCCGUCCUCUUUAGUCGAGGGUCAUCAUUUCGGUUCAGCGGUCGGACUCAGAAGCAGGUUCUCGACUAUGUGAAAGAAGGAGGACAUAAGAAAGUGCAGUUUGAAAGGAAACACAGCAAGAUUCAGUCCAUCAGAAGCCUGGCUGCACCACCAACAGAGCCGAAUUCAGAAGUGCCAAAACAAGUCAGUAAGCUGAUCAACUGUUACAACUGUGGAGUUUUUUAUUUUGUUUUUUGGGGUUUUGUUUUUUUUUGUUUUUUUAGCCCCACGCUGCCCAAGAGCCCCGCGGGCAGCGGGAAGGUGGACGGAGCCGCGCAGGCGCCGGCGGACGAAGAGGAGGAGGUCGUUAAGGAUAGGACCCAGCAGAGUAAAGCUCAGCCCCCGCAGCCGAGCACAGGCUCCCUGACUGGUAGCCCUCACCUUUCAGAGCUGUCCAUCAACUCCCAGGGAGGAGCUGUGCCCGCCAGUGUGAUCUUGUCUCCCAACCUGAGCCCCGACACCAAGCAGGCCUCCCCCUUGGUCAGCCCACUGCUGAACGACCAGGCUUGCCCACGCACCGACGACGAGGAGGAAGGCCGGAGAAAGAAAUCCCCCACGGACAAGGCGUACUUCAUCGCUAAGGAAGUAUCCACCACCGAAAGAACGUAUCUGAAGGAUCUUGAGGUCAUCACUUCGUGGUUUCAGAGCACGGUGAGCAAAGAGGACGCCAUGCCCGAAGCCUUGAAAAGUCUCAUAUUCCCAAAUUUUGAACCUUUGCACAAAUUUCAUACAAGUUUUCUCAAGGAAACUGAACAACGACUAGCCCUGUGGGAAGGCCGCUCGAACGCCCACAUCCGAGGAGAUUACCAAAGAAUCGGAGAUGUCCUGCUGAAGAACAUUCAGGGCAUGAAGCAACUGGCGGCUCACCUGUGGAAGCACAGCGAAGCCCUGGAGGCGCUGGAGACGGGCAUCAGGAGCUCGCGGCGGCUGGAGACCGUGUGCCGGGACUUCGAGCUGCAGAAGGUCUGCUACCUGCCGCUCAACACCUUCCUCCUGCGCCCGCUGCACCGGCUCAUGCACUACAAGCAGGUCCUGGAGCGGCUGUGCAAGCACCACCCGCCGCACCACGCCGACUUCAGGGACUGCCGCGCUGCCCUGGCAGAGAUUACGGAGAUGGUAGCACAACUUCACGGUACGAUGAUCAAGAUGGAGAAUUUCCAGAAGCUGCACGAACUCAAGAAAGACUUGAUUGGCAUCGACAAUCUCGUGAUUCCGGGAAGGGAGUUCAUCCGCCUGGGCAGUCUCAGCAAGCUCUCCGGCAAGGGGCUCCAGCAGCGUAUGUUUUUCCUGUUCAAUGACGUCUUGCUGUACACGAGCAGGGGGCUGACGGCCUCGAAUCAGUUUAAAGUCCACGGACAGCUCCCGCUGUACGGCAUGACCAUCGAGGAAAGCGAAGACGAGUGGGGCGUGCCCCACUGCCUAACCCUCCGAGGCCAGCGGCAGUCCAUCGUCGUGGCGGCCAGCUCCAGGUCCGAGAUGGAAAAGUGGGUUGAGGAUAUCCAGAUGGCCAUCGAUUUGGCAGAGAAAAGCAGUGGCCCCACCCCCGAGUUCCUGGCCAGCAGCCCCCCUGACAACAAGUCCCCGGAUGAGGCCGCGGUGGCCGACCAGGAGUCGGAGGAUGACCUGAGCGCCUCGCGCACGUCGCUGGAGCGCCAGGCCCCCCACCGCGGCAACACCAUGGUGCACGUGUGCUGGCACCGCAACACCAGCGUCUCCAUGGUGGACUUCAGCGUCGCCGUAGAGAAUCAGUUGUCGGGGAACUUGCUGAGGAAGUUCAAGAACAGCUCCGGCUGGCAGAAGCUGUGGGUGGUGUUCACGAACUUCUGCCUGUUCUUCUACAAGUCUCACCAGGACAAUCAGCCCCUGGCCAGCCUGCCGCUGCUCGGCUACUCCCUCACCCUUCCCUCCGAGGCCGAGGGCGUCCACAAGGACUUCGUGUUCAAGCUGCAGUUCAGGUCGCACGUGUACUAUUUCAGGGCUGAAAGCGAGUACACAUUUGACAGGUGGAUGGAGGUGAUCCGCAGCGCGACCAGCUCCGCCUCCCGCGCCCACAUCCUGAGUCACAAGGAGUCUCACGUGUAUUGAUGGCGAUGGGCUCGGCGGGGGCUGCUUCCCCGGGAGACACUGCCCGUCCUCUGUAUUAACGAAGCCCAGUAAAAUUAACACCUGUCUGGAAAACUGAAACAGGUUUUCAGCAGCUGUCCUCUGUCUCCGCAAAACCGUUUUUAACUUGUCUUUCCGAUCUGUUCCUUUGUCAUCGGAACGGAACGGUGCUCCCGCCUCCGAUGCUGGUGGCCCUGCGUCUGUCCUCCUCCUGGUGGGCUGCUUCUAGCUUGUGCCAGUAUUAAAACCUUGUCGCUAAGAGGGUGCAAGAUGACCAUGUUUCUUCCCCAGCUGCACCUUCAAAGCAGUACGACCACAUCCGUUCCACCAAAACACAGGGCAAGUGCUCUUCGUUUUCCUAAAAACAACUUACUUACUUUGAUUUCUAGGCUGGUGCAUUUUAAAAAAUUUUCCAAGGUUUGUGAUACGCAUGGCACAGUCUUAAAUGAGAUCAUUUUCAGAUUUCGUUUUUUCAGUCUUUCUACUUUUAUAAUAAUAGCAAGCUAGUGGGAUCCGCUUCUUUGAUUAACAGAAGGAUUUGCAGCACACUACGUACGUUCUUGGGGUUUUGUGCUCCAGUGCAAUGUUGUUCUUGGCACAAGCUGACCUAAUUGUUUCCGUGAUUCCUCUUUCCGAAGGGUAGCAGGGGUCCUCGGGGCAGAGCAGCAGAGCUCCAGCCCGAGGUCUGCGCUCUCCCUGUCCCAGGAGUGCCGUGUACGACGGAUGACCGCAGCUGUGGUGUUUGCUGUCUUGUCUCACAAGCAUGAGAACCUGUGUGUCUGUGGUCAGGGCCAUUUGUGAUACGUGACGUUACGGAGGGUCAUUGUGAGCUUCCAGGGGCCACGGAAGCACCGUGACGCGAGGGGCGUGGCCCCCUGGCCCCCGUGCUCAUACCUAUAUCCUGCAACUGUGGUUGGGAACUGCACAUUCGGUAGUAGUAUGUAUUGUGCCUGUCUUCAAGAACAUUCUUUUCUCCUGUUUAUACUCAUUCCCCCUCAUCCCCCAAGCAUGGGGUAUCAACAGUAUGACCUUGCACAUCCUUGACAGUCAGACUACACAGGGAAUGCGGCUCCAGGACCAGCUGGGCCCACUAGUCAAAACCCGUUUGCCUAUUCUCUGUGGAGAUCGGGUGGCUGCUAUUCCCUAGUAUUCUUAAACACUUUCUGACACAGUCCAGAGGGGGCGACCCAGCCACCCGGUGGCUCCCGGUGCCUGCACCCCAGCCGGCAAAGCCUGGACUGGUGUGCGUGGACGCGGCAGUGAACCCCUGGACGGGGAGCUCGAGAUGUGUUCGUCGUCUGCCUUACAAUGUGUACCGGAUGGUUUUAAGUACUAACAAAAGGGAAUAAAAAUACCUCACGCCACAAUCCAGCAUAUUGAAGUUUUAAGGCAAAAAA